AUGUCAGUUCUUUGGGAGAAAGUGUACUACCACAGCUACGGCCGCGCUCCAAUUGUAUCAGGCAGUCUCGCAUCCAAGUCGCAAUGUCAUACAGUCUUCAUUUGCCAGUUUACAACACUUAACACGCAAAGUGCCAGAGACCUGACGAUACCCCCAUCCCUGCGUGACCAAAUCUGGCCACGCCUUACCAGAGAAGCCUCAUCUGACGUCCUGGCUACUUUGCACCGCAAAUUCAACAAGUAA